GGCGUUCUCUCCUAGUCCCGCCUCCUUCCAGGCCUCAGCUGGGGCCGGAGGGGCUCUGUGGCUGCUGUGCAGCUUGCUGGCCUCUCAGUCCUCCCGGCAACCGCUGACACUGCUAGGGCGAGACGGACCACUAGCCGGCGUGGGCGAGAGGGACUGGAGUUUGCGCUCCCUGACGCCCGGUCGCCUCCUCGCUCCCCUCACUCGGAGGCCGCGCGCGCGCAGUCAUCCCCUUCGUCGCUCCCUCGCCCAGUCGCGCAGUCCGGGAGGCUGGGGUCGGCCGCUGGCCGAGGGGAACCACGCGGUGUCAGAGGAGCCAGUCGGCGACCGGUUUCCACUCCAAACACAGACCCCUUUGCCUGUAGGAUGAGCUCCAGCAUGGGGUGAGAUACAGAAGAGAGACUUGAAGAGCCUGCCUUGGCACUCAAGCUCCAAAUCCUGCAUACUAGCGAGUGUCUUAUUCUGCAUCCAUAAUGGAAGGAAAUGGGCACAGCACAUCUUACUCCAGAGGCACAAGAGGAGGACAUCCCAUGCUGGCUACUCCUGCCCAGCCUGGUGGGGGAGCAGAAGCUCCAGAGCCUGGCCUUGCAGGCCCACGGUGCAGGGUGAACCUGGCCACAUCCGACCUCUGGACAGCUGCAGUGUCUGCCCCUUAGAGAAGACCCCUGGAAUUGGACCAGUUUUCAUGGCCUCCUUCUUUCCUUUCUGUUACAUUGCCCUUUCCAGGCCUUAAGAAAAGUAACACUUAGCCACAGCAUCAGGAGGUGGAUCCCAGAGUGUGAGUGGCACAUUCUGUGAACUCAUCCUCACCAUGUUCACCAUAUCUGCAACGGUGGCAGCGGGGAAGCCUUACAUGUGCGGUGAGUGUGGCAAGAGCUUCUGCUACAGCUCAGUGCUGCUGCGACAUGAACGAUCUCACGGCGGCAACAGCCGCUUCCGUUGCCUAGAAUGCGGCGAGCCCUGCACAGGGGCUGCUGACUUCCAAGCGCACAGGCGCAGCCAUGCUGGCCAGACCCUCUACAUCUGCAGUGAGUGCGGCCAAAGCUUCCGCCACAGCAGCCGCCUUGACCUACACUUGGGCGCACACCGGCAGCGUGGCCGCUCAUGCCUCUGCCAUACAUGUGGCCGCAGCUUCCCGCAUCUCCCGGCGCUGCUGCUGCACCGCCGCCGGCAUCAUCUGCCAGAGCCGCCCCGCCGCUGCCCCCUGUGUUCCCGCGCCUUCCGACAGAGUGCGCUGCGCUUCCACCAGGCGCGGGCGCACCGUCCGGGGACAAACUCUGACCCUGCUGGCCCACGCCACCGUUGCGCGCAGUGCCCGCGAGGCUUCCGAAGCGGCGCUGCGCUGCGGAGUCAUGCGCGCAUCCACGUGUCCCAGAGCCCCAGGCGACCCCGUGCCUCAGACGCCCACCAGUGUGGCGUGUGCGGCAAGAGCUUUGGCAAGAACUCUACGCUGACGCGACACCUGCAGACGCACUCGGGGGAGAAACCGUUCAAGUGCCCGGAGUGCGGCAAGGGCUUCCUGGAGAGCGCCACGCUGGUGCGCCACCGGCGCACACACACAGGUGAGAAGCCAUACGCAUGUGGCGACUGCGGACGCUGCUUCAGCGAGAGUUCCACGCUGCUGCGCCACCGGCGCAGCCACAAGGGCGAGCGGCCACAUGCGUGCGCCACUUGCGGCAAGGGCUUCGGGCAGCGCUCCGACCUGGUGGUGCACCAGCGCAUCCACACGGGCGAGAAGCCCUUCCCGUGCCCAGAGUGCAGCCGUCGCUUCAGCGACCGCUCGGACCUCACCAAGCACCGGCGCACGCACACAGGCGAGAAGCCCUACCGCUGCGAACAGUGCGGCAAACGGUUCACGUGCGUGUCCAAUCUCAACGUUCAUCGGCGCAACCAUGCCGGCCACAAGCCACACAAAUGUCCUGAGUGCGGCAGGGCCUUCAGCGUCGCCUCUAAGCUUGCGCUCCACCGCAAGACGCACCUGGGAGAACGGCCAGCGGAGUGCGCGGAGUGUGGCAAGUGCUUCAGCCACAGCCGCUCGCUGUCGCAGCAUCAGCGGGCCCACACGCGCGCGCGUGCUGCUGCCACAGCUGCCGCUGUUGCCGCUGUUGCCAUCCAGGCCGCAGUAGGCGCUGCCCUCGCCUUAGAGGGGUCGGCUGAACAGGAAAGGUCAGGGUUCUUUGUGUCCUAGUUGAAGGAGGCUUGCUGAGGCUUCUGUAAAGGUGGUUAGGCAAGCACCUAGAUGGCAUCACAGGGACCGGUGAGGCAACUUGCAGACGGACGUUUGGGAAAAGCAUGUGGCCUCCUGCCUUUCCAGUUUCCAUUGGCAGCCAUUCACUUGGCCUCGUGCCUCGCCUCUACACCUACUUCCCUGUCAACUUUUGCCAUCCUGUCCUGGUAUAACUUGGCAUCUCUCCUAAGGUGUAGGUGCAGAGAGGGAAACCUUAGACUCCCCGGUGUGCAAGAGCCCAGUAUUGGUGUGUCCCAUUAAUGCUACUGUGCUUGCUGGUGUUUCUGAUGUUCCUGCCUUUGUCUUAUUUUCUCGUCCCAUCUCUUUAUUCCAGCCUGCAUCUCUUCUGCUUCUCCUUUCCUGAUUACUUUUGUUGCCCUGCCUCUUCAGGUAAUGGUCACAAAUUUGGCUGUAGUUACAUAUCACUAGCCCUAUGGUCUUCUUGUCUCCAUCUGGGCGCUGCCUGCUCCCUGGUGGCCGCCACAUGAAGGUGGACGGGGUCCUCAGCAUGGCCACGUGUCCUCAGGGCAAAUCAACGCGCCUUUCAGGACAAUGUUCCCUAGCCAGGUGGACAUUUUUGCUGAGACCCAGGCCAAAACCAUGAGGGUCCACAAAGCCAGGAAUGCCAAGUGGAGCACGAGUUUGUUUCCACAUCAUGGGAACCAUGGGGAAAUAGGUUCCACCACAGGGAGGGGGCAGGAUGGAAAAUCCCUUCAACAGGUCAACAAUUUUUGCUAAUGGCUAGUGAAAUAAAGUUGUUUGUUUGGGUUCUA